AGGUUCAUUGUUCUUCUGCAAUAUCUAUUUCCGAUUGUUGUUGUUCUUGGGAUCAUCGAUGGUUACGAAUCACGGUUAAUUCAAAAUUUCGGUUACUGAAGGAGAUUCUUGUUGGAACAAUCUGAAGUGUAAGAUAUGAGGUUGGUUACUGGUCCAUGAAUCGCGAGAAAGAGUUUGGAAGGUCUCUAUUUUCAAGUUUCGAGGUCAAGUUCCCAUGAUUUCUAGGGUUUUGUAUUGUCUUAGGCUUUGACCUUCGGAUUGUAGUAGCUGAGGAAGUCAGAACUCUUUACCAGAAGGUCAUUGGAGUUCCACUCAAGUCCAAUUCUGUUGUUGAAGCUACGGUUUUCAGAAUAUGAAAUGGAGCACAAUGAAAUUGCUCAUUCACGGAAAGGCUUAGAAAGUGAAGCUGUUAGCGGCCAGUUAGUGGAGCCUGUCGGGCAAAGCAUGCCUGAUUCUUCGGAUUUGGUGAAAGGAGAAAAAAGUUAUUUGCGUUAUUCAUCUGCUCUGGAAAUUUCUCAGUCCAAAGAUGGCAGUUCUUCACCACGUAGAAUCUUGGAGCACAGUUAUACUGCACCCAUGGGUGGUCCAAAAGAUCUGUCGGCCGAGAAGCUGGAUGCUGUAUUGUUUAGAUCUAAGACUGAGAAAAAGGAAACUCCAAAGCAUGACUUGAAAUUGGACAGAUUGUCAGAACGUGAAAAGGAAAAAUUGAUUGCGAACCUAUUCAAAAUCCAAAAUGAUGGGACUGUUGAAGUUGAUGUGGCUCAAAGUGCACCUGUAGCUUCAGAACUGUUAGAGCUUGAUGCUGUUGAUCAGACUCCCACUGAUGUUGAAGAUACCGCUAUUGAAUUCAAUAAAUCAAUUCCAAGAUUGAAAAUUGCCAUGCUUGUAGUAGGAACAAGAGGAGAUGUUCAACCUUUCCUAGCUAUGGCAAAGAGACUUCAGGAAUUUGGUCACCAUGUUAGAUUGGCAACUCAUGUUAACUUCCGCACUUUUGUUCGUUCAGCUGGUAUUGAUUUUUAUCCUUUGGGUGGUGAUCCUCGGAUUUUGGCAGGAUAUAUGGCAAGAAAUAAGGGUUUUCUUCCUUCUGCACCGGGGGAAAUAUCUUUGCAGAGAAAGCAAUUGAAAGUCAUUAUUGAGUCACUUCUUCCAGCCUGCACAGAACCAGAUAUGGACACUGGUGCUCCUUUUAGAGCUCAGGCAAUAAUUGCAAAUCCUCCUGCUUAUGGACAUGCACAUGUUGCUGAAGCUCUUGGUGUACCCCUCCACAUCUUCUUCACAAUGCCUUGGACGCCGACGCAUGAAUUUCCUCAUCCAUUGGCACGUGUAUCUCAGGUUGCUGGUUAUCGGCUUUCAUACCUUGUUGUGGAUUUAUUGAUAUGGUGGGGUAUAAGAGGAUUCAUUAAUGACUUUAGGAAAAGGAAGUUGAAACUUGCCCCUAUUGCAUACUUCAGUACGUACCACGGAUCCAUAUCUCAUUUUCCAACCGGGUAUAUGUGGAGUCCUCAUCUCGUGCCAAAGCCAAAUGAUUGGGGCCCAUUAGUUGAUGUCGUUGGCUUCUGUUUCUUAAACCUUGGGGCAAAAUACCAACCUCAAAAAGAGUUCACACAAUGGCUUGAAGAUGGAUCAAAACCUAUAUAUAUAGGGUUUGGCAGCAUGCCUCUUGAAGAUGCACGGAUGACAACGAAUGUUAUUUUGGAAGCAUUGAAAGAUACUGGACAGAGGGGGAUAAUUGGCCGGGGUUGGGGUGAUCUUGGCAUUCUUUUAGAAGCUCCUGAAAAUGUAUUCCUUCUUGAGGAUUGCCCGCAUGACUGGUUGUUUCCUCAGUGCUCUGCCGUGGUUCAUCAUGGUGGUGCUGGUACAACAGCCACGGGACUAAGGGCUGGGUGUCCGACAACAAUUGUACCAUUCUUUGGAGAUCAGUUCUUCUGGGGUGAUAGAGUACAUCAAAUAGGAAUUGGACCAGCACCAAUACCUAUAUCCGAGCUCACUGUUGAAUCUCUUUCAAGUGCUAUAACAUUUAUGCUUCAGCCAGAGGUGAAGGCACAAGCAAUGGAAUUAGCAAAAAAGAUGGAGAAUGAAGAUGGUGUUGUAGCAGCGGUUGAUGCAUUUCACCGUCAUUUGCCUGAGGAGCUACCGAUGCCUACUUCAUCCUUGGAAGAGAUUGACCAACCAAACCCAAUACAAUGGUUAUUUCAGCAAAUUGCGAAAAUUUGCUGUCUUCCCUGUUCGUGAUAGCAUCUUUUCUUUCCUUUUUCUCUUUUCAGUUAGAUGUUUACAUGUAUAGAAAUUCGUUUAUUGUUCAUCAGGGGCAUGUAGUCUUCCAUUCAUUUAAUUGAUGAUGCUCCUUUAGAUUGUAACAAAAUAAAAGUAAUAUUACACAUUAGUAUUGAUUUCUU